AUGGAGGAAGAGGAGGACGAGGCGAUUCGAAAACAUGAAUCGGAAGCCCUGCAGUUCCUCAGCAGCCCGAACCUCGAUCACCAGGCGGCCGCGCGAGUGGCAGCUCUCGAGGCAGAGCUUCAGGAGCUUUGCGCUGCAGCGCGGGCGCCGGCGCAGAGGAACUGGCUACGGUUUGCGCGGGAGGCCCUCCGCAAGCUUGGCCCUCCUCAUCGCUUUGCGGUGCUCAGAUGCGCGCUUCAAGACAGGCAGGCUAGCCUGAGGCAGCAGCGGCAAGUGCUAGAGAAACGGCUGGAGGAGAACGGACUGCCACCACUCGGCGAGGGUGAGGAGUUCCUGAAUGAACUCCAGGCAGAGUUACAAGACCUCCAGCUGGGCGGAAGACAGUGGCGCCAGCGACUUCAAGAGACCGCUACAAAGUUAGGCGAUCGAGGACGGCGCCUUUCAUUUGCGCAGCAAUUCUGUCCUGCGGAGCGUGAGCUCCUCCAGCUACAGGCAGAGCUGCAGCAUGCACAGGGCACCAGCAAGGAGACUCAGGAGGCGGAGCUGCAGCAGCUCCGCGACGAGGUCGCAGCUUUGGAAAAGGCCGAAGAGGAAGCAAAGGCGGCAGCAUCGCUGCCCGCCUCGGCGCCCGGAGUCGCUGCUUCCGCUGCCUCUUCGGCUGCCGCUUCUGCCUCGGUGCCCUCGGACUCGGCGCCCUCCACGGCACGCUCCGCCACCGGCGCCGCCGUGGCCUCUCCCCGGAGUGCCCCGCCGCCGCCGCCCCCCAAGGCAAAAGCCAGGGGUCCGCCACCCCCAAAGGCCAAGGCCAAGGCCGCUCCCUGGAAAGCCUUUGCACCGGUGCACAACACGUCUCCAAAAAGCUCUCCGGCGGGUUCUCUCUUCUCUUCCAUUCCCACACAGGCGCCAGCACCGGGUCCGGCCACGGAGUUGUCGCCCUUGUGCUCCCAUAAGUUUGGCGCCUCCCUCCUCCCUCCUGCGCGCAGGAGCAACGGCUUGGUGAACAUCAACUGGAAAAAGCUUGCAACCCCGCCGUGA